AUGUUAACCCAUAAAAUGUUAGUUUUUAAAUUAAUAAAGUGUAGUAAUUUUACAGUUAAAGAUAAUGAACCUAAAGAAGAUGAUAAAGUAUCAAAAGAAUGUUUAACCGGUGAAGAAAAAAGUUGUUGUAGUGGAGAUAAGGAUUUUUACUCAACAUCUUCCGGUGAAUGUCUAACUCAUUUUUUCCUUCAAAAGUAUGGAGAACUUACAGAUAAACGUUUUGAAAUGUAUAAAGAUACAAAUGAACAAGAUGAAUUAUCAAAUGAAAGAAAUAAAUGUUUCAAUAAAAAAUUAAAGAGAGAAUUAAACUGCAAUGAAAAAUUUAGUACCUCAAGUGAUGAGAAUUCUGAUAUGUGUUUUCAUUGUAGAUAUAAGAAAUUUAAACCUGAUAAUGAAAAUCAAUUUACAUUAUCUAAUAAUCAUGACAAAGAUUCUUUAGAAAAUUUAAACUGUUCAAAUAAACAGGAUAAUACAUCAGAUAAUGAAGAUGAAUCAGAAUAUGAUGAUGAAUCAGAAUAUGAUGAUAUAUCAGAAUAUGAUGAUGAAUCAGACAAUGAAAAUUAUUCAGAAUAUGAUAAUGAAUCAGAAUAUGAUGAUGAACCAGAUAAUGAAAUUAAAAUGAACAAUGAACAAACUAAUCAACUAUUUGAGAAUAAAAAAUCAUUAAAAGAAAUUGAUAAAGUAAAAAAAGUACUUUUUAAUUAA